CCCUCCGUUCUCAUCGCCACGCCCCCCCCGCGGGGGACAAGCCACGCCCACUUCCAUUAAGCCACGCCCCUCGCUUGAAAACACAACCCCUCUCCAAAGCCACGCCCCCAUAGCGGAGGCCACGCCCAUCCCUCGCGCAAACCACGCCCACUUCCGUCAAAUCGCAUCCGCCUUAACGAAGCCACGCCCCCUUCCCUCAAACCACGCCCCGUCGCUUAAACCACGCCCCCUCUCGCGUAAACCAUGCCUACUUUCAUAAACCACGCCCCCCAUAGCUUACGCCACACCCCCAUCAUAAAAGCCACGCCCACAUAGAGGAAACAACGCCAAGUUCGUUUAAACCACGCCCCUAAUGCCCAGACCACGCCCACCUCAUUUUAAAACCACGCCCCUUCUCUUUAACCACGCCCCCGUAGUCUAAGCCACGCCUCUUAUGCUAAACCACGCCCACUAACCCCGAAACCACGCCCAUUCCUUUGUAAACCACGCCCCCCCGCCCCCGGUAAAACCACCCCCUCCUCAGAAGCCACGCCCCUCUCGCGUAAAUUACGCACUUCCGCAAAAAGCCACGCCCCCCGCCGCGUAAACACGCCCCCUCCGCAAAGCCACGCCCCCCCGGCUCCGCUCCCACCGCCGGCCUAUUGGCAACAGGCGUGGCCCCGCCCACAUCUCGCCCCCCCCCAAACACCGCCCGCUUCCGGGCUCUCGCGAGAGCUGAGAAACAAAAUGGCGGCGCCGGGAAGGGAGGAGGCGGCCGUGGGGCCCGCGCCGGGCCCUGGGCAGGUCACCAGCAACGGCGGAGGGGAGGCGGCGGCGGGUGAGACGCAGCGGCAGCAGCCGGCGCCCAACGCUUGGCAGGUGCUGAAGGGGGUUCUGUUCAGGAUCUUCAUCAUCUGGGCCAUCAGCAGCUGGUUCCGCCGCGGGCCGGCCCCGCAGGAGCAGAGCAGUGCUGGGGGAACGCCGCGAGCCCCCAGCCGAAACCUCUUCCCCAAGGACACUUUAAUGGACCUCUAUGUUUAUAUCUCGGAGCACGAGCACUUUACAGAUUUCAACGUCAGCUCCGCGCUGUUCUGGCAGAAACGGGACCUGGUGUACGGGGACUGGACCAGUGGGGAGAACGCUGACGGGUGCUAUGAACACUACGGGGAGGUGGACAUCUCACAGAGCGUCCAGCAGAACGGCUCCAUCUACAUCCACGUCUACUUCACCAAGAGCGGCUUCCACCCCGACCCCCGGCAGAAGAACCUCUACAGGCGCCUCGCCACGGUGCACACAUCACGGAUGAUCAACAAAUACAAACGGCGGCGGUUCCAGAAGACCAAGAAUCUCCUGACUGGGGAGACAGAGGCGGACCCGGAGAUGAUCAAGAGGGCAGAAGAUUACGGUCCCGUGGAGGUCAUCUCCCACUGGCACCCCAACCUGACCAUCAACAUGGUGGACGACCACACGCCGUGGGUGAAAGGCAGCGUCCCGCCGCCCCUGGACCAAUACGUGAAAUUCGACGCCAUCAGCGGCGAUUAUUACCCCAUCCUCUACUUCAACGACUACUGGAACCUGCAGAAGGAUUACUUCCCCAUCAACGAGUCCCUGCAGCGCCUGCCCUUCCGCCUCUCCUUCUGCCCGCUGUCGCUGUGGCGCUGGCAGCUCUACGCCGCUCAGAGCACCAAAUCGCCCUGGAAUUUCCUGGGGGAGGAUCUGUACGAGCAGUCGGACGAGGAGCAGGAUUCCGUCAAGGUGGCCCUCCUGGAGACCAACCCCUACCUGCUGGCCCUCACCAUCGUCGUCUCCAUCGUUCACAGCAUCUUCGAGUUCCUGGCUUUCAAGAACGGUCAGUGGGGGUUGGGGGGGGGUUAUGGCGUCGUGGGGGGGUUACGGCCCGCAGGGUUCAUCACCAUGACGCCGCAGCUGUUCAUUAAUUACAAGCUGCAGUCCGUGGCCCACCUGCCCUGGCGGAUGCUGAGCUACAAAGCCCUCAACACCUUCAUCGACGACCUGUUCGCCUUCGUCAUCAGGAUGCCCAUCAUGUACCGCAUCGGCUGCCUGCGCGACGAUGUGGUUUUCUUCAUUUACCUCUACCAGCGUUGGAUUUAUCGGGUCGACCCGACGCGCGUCAACGAGUUUGGGGUCAGCGGAGAGCAGCAGCAACAGCAGCAGCAGCAGAGGGUGCCCACCCCCCCCGCGCUGCCCCCCACCCCCCCCCAGGACAAGAAGAAGGAC